GUUGACCAAAAUUUCGCUGUGUGCAUGAGACACACACUCGCACUCCUCCAGCCCUUCACAGCUGAACGCUCCCACCGUUGCGAAGAUGGGAGAAUUUUUGCUCUGAGCGUGAGACCCUGAAGCGCAAGAGAUGACACUAUGUGUAAAGACGAUCAUAAUUCGAUAUGGUCAAGAUGCGUCGAUUAUCGUUUCAUUUAUCUGGUAAUGAUGUUUUCACUUCAUCAAAAUUUUAAACAUUAACAACUAGGCUGAUAACAAUAGUUGAAAUGUAAAUCAGAAUAAAAUCAAUUCAUUUGAAGUAAAAUAAAUUCCAUUAUACUUUAUUUUGACCAUAUGAUCAACACUUGUACAUAGUGCCAUUUACUUUGUGUUCUUGGUAAAAACCCAAUACCGCGCUGUAAAUAAACCAGUGACAGUUCGAACAUGCGACCUGGGAACUGUGGGUCGCUCCACACUCUUUGUGUCAGUUUCAAUUGGUGUUGUUUUCAUUUAUGGCGGUUUGUUUACAUUUCGUUGCGGUUAUCAUCAGUUCCCGUGGUUCGAUAUUCGGUCGAGCUUUCUUUUCGUCAACCUCAUCGUGACGAUCGUGGUGCUCGGUGGACUGUUGGCAACGAUCGAAAAGCAUCUGCCCACUGCCAUCCGGCAGACGUUUGCUGCCCUCUGGUCGGUGGCCGGAUUUGCCGUCAUGAUGUAGCCAGCGCGGGACUACGUAAUCGCCUUCCUCGAUACGUUGGCAACCAACAAGCGUAUGGUGCGCACCACGCCUACCGAGACGAUGGCAUGACGGCAUGCCAUGACGCUGAUCACGCUGCAGUGUUUGCGCCGGUUCCACAAGACCUGGUUCGUGCAGGUGUUCUCGAGCAAGCUGAAAAUCACCCACCAGUUGUACGUGGAACACUUUCACAACUAUCCGAAGCAAGCUCGUCAGGAAAACACUCGUCCCGUUCGUUUUGUGAGAUCGACGGUGCGGGUUGCUGGUUCCCGGCUGAUGGGAUUCAGCUGGUUUUCCUGGAUCUUCUGUGAAUGCCUUGUUCCACGGACCGGUCGUCGAUGCACUCGAGGCGCACCGCAUUGACGAGCGGCAGUAGCAGGAUGCAAUCGGCGCGGCCGAGCUGGCAGCGAAGCCGGUUCUCGGUGAGCCAUUCACGCCGAAUGAGGGCGGUCAAGAGCCGGCUGCAUACGUUCGAUAUAUUCGCUACGCGCACGAUCAAACUGUGUAACGAUGCCGAGUGUGUCCGGCCAUCGCGACUAGAAGCAUAGCGGAAGUUAAGUUGCGUCGUCUAUUGUGGUGCGAUGCACUGUAUGUUCCGGGUGUGCGAUUGAGCUUCAUGUUUGUUUCUUUUUUGUUCACAGACACCUUUUCAUCAACAACUGGCAUGACUAUCGGCGCACGGUCGGUGGCUCUAGCGAAGGGGAGGGUGCGUUCCAAUCGGCUGGCAGGACACAGAUCGGAUCGGUUAGGACAACGAUCGGCAUAGUACGGCUCGCGACCCGCAUGUGGCUAUUUGUUGACUAGGUGGAGGCUCUUUAUCGUUCACACAUUUUCAAUAAUUUUCAUACAUGUUCUCUUUUGGUUA